AUGUCGAUUACAAGUUCGCAGAAUCAAACCAGCCGCAAGGGUAUCCUGCACGCUGUGGAAGCCUGCGUCGGGGGCGAGAACUUGCUGUGGGAGCUAUACGACGGCUAUCGAUACGUCCCGGCGUUUGAUAUCGAUGCGUCGUGUACCAAGGAAGCCACCGUUGUCAAGCUGCGGACCGUCGUGAGAUAUCUCGAUUAUCUCCCGGGCAUCAACGCUGCCGUGACUGAAAGACACCCCGCAGAGGGCGCGAUCCACCCCGCCCGGGAUCGCCUGGAGGACUCGGCGAUCCUCGAGAUGGCCUGGGACAUCCUCCUCGCGCUGGCCUAUCUCCACGGGCGUGGCAUCGUCCACGGCGAGGUUCGGCCCCGGAACGUCAUGUCAUUCCCCUCGUACCCCCGCCGCAACCGCUACAAGCUCUUCGGGCACGGCCUCGUGCCCGGCGUCAUCAACUACUGGCCCAAGAACGACGGCUACACGGCGCCCGAGUUCCUCUCCGAGGGCGCCGAGACGCGAAAGAGAGGCAAAGAAGGCAAGUACGCAGUGAAGCCGACGUUCGCGUCAGACGUCUGGCAGCUCGGCAUGCUGCUCUGGCACUGUCACCGCUACGGCACUUACUGGGACUCAGAGACGCUGCCGUCGCGGAAGAAGAGCUGGCAGUCCGAGACCCUCGUCCAGCCCGACCUCACAAGUGAAUCGGUGAGUUCCAUGAGGGGGAUCAGGCCGCUGGCGUUCAGAGCCAAAGGCUGUGAUGGCUCGAGCCACGACUGGUUGGCGCAGCUGCUGCCCAACAUGCUCGACGAGGACCCCCUGAGGCGGUUUAGCGCCAUGGAGCUCCUUCGACAGAUGCAGAACCAGAAGUGCUAUGCCGUCGAGAAGCAGGACUUGGAGGACGACGUCGACGACAUGAGGGACGCUGCCGAGGCUGCCAAGAAGGAGUUAUGGCAGCGGAGCACCCUUGGCAAAGUGGCCAGGGGCGCGGAGCGGGUGCAAAUGCACUUUACUCGUCUCUUCGUCUUGCUUGUACUUCUAUGCCGUAUCAUGUAA